AUGGUAUCAUCAACGGUUAAAUUAAAUGAUAAAACAUAUACGAGGAAUUUUUGCUUAACUUCGAGUGAUUCUUUUAUUUCUGAUUGGAUUGAGUUUUUAUUUUCAACCUGUUCAUUAGUUGUUGAAUCAAAUAUUGAACAAUAUGAAGAAUUAAUGAAGUCUCAUACAUUAAAUGAAAAACAGAAGGAAGCAUUUAAAGAACUUCUAGAUGAGGAAUUCAAUAAAGUGAAUAUCAUAGGUUUUAAUUCGGGAAAGUUUGAUUUAAAUUUAAUUCUUCGUGAUUUAAACACUGCAAAAUGGAAAAUAAAAUCAAUGCUGGGUUCUUCUUCUCAAUUUAAGCAAAUCAUUGUAAAGAAAACAAACGUUCCAUAUGAAUUGAGAUUUAUUGACAUCAGAAAUUAUAUCGCGGGUGGAACAUUAGACCAAUUCACUCAAGAUUUCGGAAACAAUAAAUCACGUGUUAAAUCCUUUUUCCCUUAUCAAUUCAUCACGUGGGAAAAUUACGAAGAAGAAUUAUAUAAAGAGGAACCAUUCACUCAAGAUUCAUUUUAUUCAGCAUUAACUCAAGAAACUAUAUCAGAUAGUGAUUAUCAAAUAUAUCUCAAUGAUGCUAAAAACUUUAAGAAUAGAUUAGAAUAUUUUAUUCAUUAUUGCAAUAAAGAUGUUGAAAUUAUGAUUGACCCAAUUGAUAAAAUUAUUGAAGAAACAUUUGUUUAUAAAAUUGACAUGCUUCAUAAUCUUUCUUUAUCAUCGAAUGCUUCAAUGAUUCGUUACGCUUUAGCAUAUAAAGACCUUAAUCCUAAUGAAAAAUAUCCCGAGGAAGAGAUAGAAUCAAGUUUUGAAUUAACGAAAAAGUAUUGGAAAUAUAAAAUUGAAUCAUAUAAGAAACAAGAUGAAAAAGCAGAAAGAGAUACUAAAAAUAAUGUUUCAAUGGAUGAUUUUCAAUACUAUCACGAUUUAAUCCUUUCAUCUAAAUGCAAAAUGUGUGGUAAAGCGUUUACAUAUGCAAAUAAACCAACAUUGGAUAGAAUCGAUAAUGAAAAACCACAUACCAAAGAAAAUU